AUGAGAAAGGGUGACGGAUCCCGAGGUGAAGGUGUAGAUGAUGUGAUAGUGAUCCUGCAUUUUUGCGAAUGGUGUAAAGGGAAAGUCAACGCGACAUGGCACGUCGCGUAUGGAAUACAUGCCACAUAUCAAAGACCUUCACAGCAGACAGCAAAGAUGACAAAAAGCACUGAUCAAUCUCCCAUGACACCUGAGCUUCGUGGACUUCCGGUUGAAAUUCUGACCUACAUCUUGGACUGGUAUGUCUAUCAAUUCGACAAGUCGAACGGCGAUUCACCAAAAUGGUGGCUUGCUACUCGUCCAUCAUGCGGACUCCUUGGGAUGCGAUUGGUUUGCAAAACAUGGUCCGAAGCUAUCAUCAAAAUGUAUUUUCACAGGAUGUGCGUGCAUAAAUCGAAACGCGCGAAAUGUAUCUUGGACAACUGGAACCAUACCAUGUAUGGCUCUAUAUUGUUAUGCCCCGUUAGAGAUCUUACAAUUGCGAGAUUGCGGUAUGAACAUAUGGGAAUCGAGGGAAGAGGCGAAAUUCAAGAGUCGCCUCGUCCUCCAGUAACGAUGUAUGAGGCGGUACGACUCAUCGAACGGCUUGGCAUCAACGUGGAAUCAUUAACUUUCGAAUUCAAGUACUCGAUGGGUUUCUCGCCAGCUAUGAUCAAAGCUGUCAGACCCCUCAAAAAUCUGAAAGAAUUAGAUAUCAGAUAUUUCAUUGGGUCUCGUGAUUGGCCGGGAAUUUGUGAUCCCGAAUCGUUUGGAAAUCUGAUUACUGCUAUUCCUCGACUUGAAUCCCUGUCACUUCAAGAAGGGUGGCAUCUCGAUGGUAUCAGAUUGCAGCCUAACACUCUAUCCAACUUGAAAGAGUUUUCUUUCAAUUUAUGUCCCGAGAACAUCAAAGGGCUUGCUCACAUCUGUCAGACCGCGAAACCUAGUCUGAAGGUUAUUGAUAUUAGAUUUGCAAGCGAGAUGGAACAUGCCAAUGUCGCAUUUGAUCCAAUGAAAGCUAUCUUAGACCAUCACUUUAUCAUUAUUCGCGGGGCCGGGGACCCGAUUCCAACUUCUGUUCUCAAUAUGGAAUUCCCAAAACUACGUGUGAUGGGUAUUCAUCAUCGUGAAGGAUAUACAUCACAAACGGGCUGGCUACACUCACCAAUGCUUCAGAAUGUUCGAACAAUGGUUGUAUUCCAUUCUUAUUGUUAUGGAGGACUCCGAGCCUUAAAAUUCGCCGAAGUCGAGGCUUUGCGAAACGUACCAAACUUUAGACACAUCAUCUUUGUUGGAUGGUCUGAUGCGAAGGUGGAUCCUGACCUAAUUCAGGCCUUCAAAUUGCGCGGGAUCAAGUGUCACUUCGUAUCCUGCCUAUCACAUGUUAAAAUAUUGGAAUUGGAGUCCGAGUUCGAUGACACAUUGGAGGCACCAAAAACAAAAAUCGAUUAUCUUCCGGGUGGUCGUCAUUGGACGUACAACUAG